CGUCGCCGGCUCACAGCGGCCUCCUCUGGGGACAGUCCCCCUCCCGGUGCCGCCUCCGCCCUUCCUGUGCGCUCCUUUUCCUCCUUCCCUGUUAAAUAUUAUUUGGGAAUUGUUUAAAUUUUUUUUUUUUUUUUAAAGAGGUGGGGGGGAAUCGGAGUUGUGGAGAAGCAGAGGGACUCAGUGUGGUGUAAAGGAAUUCAUUAGCCAUGGAUGUAUUCAUGAAAGGACUUUCAAAGGCCAAGGAGGGAGUUGUGGCUGCUGCUGAGAAAACCAAACAGGGUGUGGCAGAAGCAGCAGGAAAGACAAAAGAGGGUGUUCUCUAUGUAGGCUCCAAAACCAAGGAGGGAGUGGUGCAUGGUGUGGCAACAGUGGCUGAGAAGACCAAAGAGCAAGUGACAAAUGUUGGAGGAGCUGUGGUGACGGGUGUGACAGCAGUAGCCCAGAAGACAGUGGAGGGGGCAGGGAGCAUUGCAGCAGCCACUGGCUUUGUCAAAAAGGACCAGUUGGGCAAGAGUGAAGAAGGAGCCCCACAGGAAGGAAUUCUGGAAGAUAUGCCUGUGGAUCCUGACAAUGAGGCUUAUGAAAUGCCUUCUGAGGAAGGGUAUCAAGACUACGAACCUGACGCCUAAGAAAUAUCUUUGCUCCCAGUUUCUUGAGAUCUGCUGACAGACAUUCCAUCCUGUACAAGUGCUCAGUUCCAAUGUGCCCAGUCAUGACAUUUCUCAAAGUUUUUACAGUGUAUCUUGAAGUCUUCCAUCAGCAGUGAUUCAAGUAUCUGUACCUGCCCCCACUCAGCAUUUCAGUGCUUCCCUUUCACUGAAGUGAAUACAUGGUAGCAGGGUCUUUGUGUGCUGUGGAUUUUGUGGCUUCAAUCUAUAAUGUUAAAACAAAUUAAAAACACCUAAGUGACUACCACUUAUUUCUAAAUCCUCACUAUUUUUUUGUUGCUGUUGUUCAGAAGUUGUUAGUGAUUUGCUAUCAUAUAUUAUAAGAUUUUUAGGUGUCUUUUAAUGAUACUGUCUAAGAAUAAUGAUGUAUUGUGAAAUUUGUUAAUAUAUAUAAUACUUAAAAAUAUGUGAGCAUGAAACUAUGCACCUAUAAAUACUAAAUAUGAAAUUUUACCAUUUUGUGAUGUGUUUUAUUAAUUUGUGUUUGUAUAUAAAUGGUGAGAGUUAAAAUAAAAUGUUAUCUCAUUGCAAAAAUAUUUUAUUUUUAUCCCAUCUCACUUUAAUAAUAAAAAUCAUGCUUAUAAGCAACAUGAAUUAAGAACUGACACAAUGGACAUAAAUGUAAAGUUAUUAAUAGCCAUUUGAAGAAGGAGGAAUUUUAGAAGAGGUAGAGAAAAUGGAACAUUAACCCUACACUCGGAAUUCCCGGAAGCAACACUGCCAGAAGUGUGUUUUGGUAUGCACUGGUUCCUUAAGUGACUGUGAUUAAAAAAAAAAAAAAGUGGGUUCCAGGGAACUAAGCAGUGUAAAAGAUGAUUUUGACUACAUCCUCCUUAGAGAUCCAUAAGACACAUUAGCACAUAUUAGCACAUUCAAGGCUCUGAGAGAAUGUGGUUAACUUUGUCUAACUCAGCAUUCCCCACUUUUUUUUUUUUAAAUCAUCAGAAAUUCUCUCUCUCUCUCUCUCUCUUUCUCUCGCUCUUUUUUUUCCAGGAAAUGCCUUUAAACAUCGUUGGAACUACCAGAGUCACCUUAAAGGAGAUCAAUUCUCUAGACUGAUAAAAAUUUCAUGGUCUCCUUUAAAUGUUGCCAAAUAUAUGAAUUCUAGGAUUUUUCCUUGGGAAAGGUUUUUCUCUUUCAGGGAAGAUCUAUUAACUCCCCAUGGGUGCUGAAAAUAAACUUGAUGGUGAAAAACUCUAUAUAAAUUAAUUUAAAAAUUAUUUGGUUUCUCUUUUUAAUUAUUCUGGGGCAUAGUCAUUUCUAAAGGUCACUAGUAGAAAGUAUAAUUUCAAGACAGAAUAUUCUAGACAUGCUAGCAUUUUAUAUGUAUUCAUGAGUAAUGUGAUAUAUAUUGGGUGCUGGCGAGGAAGGAAGGAGGAAUGAGUGACUAUAAGGAUGGUUACCAUAGAAACUUCCUUUUUUACCUAAUUGAAAAGAGACUACUACAGAGUGCUAAGCUGCAUGUGUCAUCUUACACUAGAGAGAAAUGGUAAGUUUCUUGUUUUAUUUAAGUUAUGUUUAAGCAAGGAAAGUAUUUGUUAUUGAACAGUAUAUUUCAGGAAGGUUAGAAAAUGGUGGUUAGGAUAUAUUUUAAAUCUACCUAAAGCAGCAUAUUUUAAAAAUAUAAAAGUAUUGAUAUUAAAUUAAGAAAUAGAGGACAGAACUAGACUGAUAGCAGUGACCUAGAACAAUUUGAGAUUAGGAAAGUUGUGACCAUGAAUUUAAGGAUUUAUGUGGAUACAAAUUCUCCUUUAAAGUGUUUCUUCCCUUAAUAUUUAUCUGACAGUUAUUUAUGAGCAGUGAAUUAUUUUAUAUACCUUAAUAGUUUAUUUGGGACGAAGCACUUAAACAAAAAGUUCUAUAAGUCAUAUAAGCAUUUUCAGGAAGCUUGUCUCAUAUUCACUCCUGAGACGUUCACCUGCCAAGUGGCCUGAGGAUCAAUCCGGUCCUAGGUUUAUUUUGCAGACAUACAUUCUCCCAAGUUAUUCAGCCUCAUAUGACUCCACGGUGGGCUUUACCAAAACAGUUCAGAGUGCACUUUGGCACAAAAUUGGGAGCAGAAUAAUCUAAUGUGUGGUUUGGUAUUCCAAGUGGGGUCUUUUUCAGAAUCUCUGCACUAGUGUGAGGUGCAAAUAUGUUUCUUCAUCUUUCUGGCUCAUCCAGUAUGUAGCUAUUUGUGACAUAAUAAAUAUAUACAUAUAUGAAAAUA